UCUUUCAGUUUUGAACAAUUUAAAAUACUAUCAAUCAAAUCUUAUUAAUUCAAUUCUUUAAUUAUUGAUUGCAAUUUAAUUUAUUCAAAUAAACCCAUGAUUUACUAGUCUGGCAGCGAUACCUGCGAGCAAAGAUGCAGUAUAAUUGAAUUAGAAGAUAGCACAAUAGAUAUAGAGUAACAUGAUUAAAGGGGUCGCAAAUGUAAAUAAUAAAGCUAAAUGAAUCCUUCUGAUCUUAGUCGCAAUCAAUUUAUCUUAAGCAGAAUUUAAUGUCUUUAAGAUUAAAAAAAGGAAAUGUAAAUUCAGCAGUAACUUUUCCAAGAAAGCAAUUCAUAGCUUAAAAGCUACAAUGCAAAUAAUCAGCAAUCAAACUUUGUUUUAUUGGAGAAUACAUACAAUAAUGAGUAGUUAAGCAAUAUGAAUGAUGAGCAAGAAGAUAAAGAAAAUUAAAACAAUGGUAAUUCGAACUAAUACUAUUAUGAAUUCAGCUAAUCGUAGUGUGUUAAAGCUAUGCUAGAUUCUUAAGAUAAUGCUCAAACGGAAAUAGAAAAGCGCAUUAGUAUAAGGCCUGAAAUAUUAUAAAGCAAGGAUGAAGGAGAAAUUCAAAAUUAAAUCUUCAAAAAAAAUAACUUGUGUAACCCUAAUUUACAAAAUCGUUUCGAAAAAAAUCCUUCUCUUUAUUCAUAUAUGAUGGAGUAGCAAGACAACUCAGAAUAUAGUAACGAAUAAUAUGACUAUAUAAAUGAACAAGAGUAUGAAAAAAUGAUGCAAGAAAUUGAAGAAAGAGAAACGAAAGGCAGGAUGUCAACCAAUAUUUUGGAAAAUUAUCAAUUGUUUAAACCUAGUUUCCAUGAAGAAAUUUUAAAGAAAAAUACAAAUUGUAAAAAAGCUUCUAGUUUUUUCAGGAGAAAUGAUCAACCAAAAGAAGAAAAAUAAGUUGAAGAAAACAAAAGAGAAACUAUAAAUGUAGAAAAAUAAAUUAUUUAAUAAAAUGGUCAGGUCUUCUAGGAUUAAAAUGAAAUAGAUUAAAUCAUAUUUUACCCUUAAAACUUCUCUACUUUCAAUGCGAACGGAGUAGGAUAAAAGGAUUCCUCUUACUCAAGAGACACUUAGAACUUCAGCAAUUCUAAUUUUAACUAGAAGAGCUAAGAUUAAAAUUAAAUGAUAAAAUAAAAUGAAGAUUCUCAUAAAAUUAAUAAUCUUGGAAAUCUACAAAUGAGCAAUUUACAAAAUUAUAAUUCAAACCAAUCUUAAAAUGAAGAACAAAAUAAUACUUUUUAGACUACUCUAUUUUAAAAUUCCUUUUAAUAGCUUUAAUAAUAACAGGGUUUAUAAACAGAUUAAAUCAAUUUUAAAAAUGUUACUUUGGAGAACAAAAAUUAUGACUUGCCUCUUUAAUCGAAGUAGAUUUAUGACACUGGAAAAUUUAAUGAUAAAAAUUAAAGAAGUAUUGAAAAAGAGAAAUAUAUUCCAACAAAUAUUAAUAUCUUAGGUGUUAUAGAUUUAUCAUAAAAGAAAGAGAGUUCAAGAUACCUUAAUAAUGAUUAAGAUGAAAUAUAGGAAAUGUAAUAGAAUAAUUAACUAGUUAAAUAACAUCUCUCUAAUGAAAAAGGAUAAAGUUAAGCUUCUCAAUCUAAUAACUCUGGAUAUAAGCCAACAAAAUUCACUCAUUUCUUUUUAGGGAAUGCAUCAAGCAAUAUUGUCUCAACAGAUAAUUCUGCUUCUAUUUACAGCUAAGAUCAACAGCCUACACAAAGAAACCUUUUCAACACAGAUAAAUUGAACACAGCUACUGAUAAGACUAUUGCAAUUGAGAGAAACAAAAAUAUUUAUGGUAUUAAUUAAUAAGGAUUCAGUAACUCUCAAGAAAGAAACAUCCAAACUGAGAGAAACUGCCAAAUAGGAAAUACUAGUGAUCGAUAUUAUUAUGAGAGGAGUAUUUAGACAGAGAGAUAUAAUAACAAUAAUAAAUUGAUCUAAUUUUAGUAUAUACCAAAUGAAUAGAAUACAUCAGCUGAUAAUUACAAUAAAUAAAUUGAUGAUUAAGACACAACUAUCAAACCAGUAACUUCUAAAUAACCUGCUUAUAGUUUACAUUAGACAGGCUCAAAACCUCUAAACUAGGCUCAAUAGCUAGUUUAAAAAUAUAUUUAGAGCUCUUUCCAUUAAAGCAGCUAGUAAAGCUAAAGAAAUAACCCAAGUGCUAACUAAUAAGUUGAUUUAUCAGACUACUAAAUUAAUCCAUAUAAUAACAAAUAAGAAAGAAAGAAUCCAAAUAAUGUAUCUUCUUUGAGACAAUAUAUCGAAGCUGAUUCCUCUAAUCUUUUUUUAAACAAAAGUGCAUUGAAUAAUAACGAAGUAAACAACAGCAGCAAUAUUAACAACAUGGUAAAUGAUCUUUCAAAAAUAAACUAUAGUAACCAGAAUAUUAAUGAGAGUUUUUCAAGAAUAUCUUCUAUAAACUAGUCUAACAAUAAUCCUAAUAGUGCUAAAGGAAAAAAAACAUUUAGAACUUACUUCAACGAAAUAAGUGAAAGAAGUAAUACAUUUUACUGUGAUAAAUCAUAGAGAAAUAAUUAAUAAGAAGAAGACAGUAUCAAUGACAGGGCUUCUUAAAUAAUUUCAGCUAGACGCUUUUGCAAUUCUAAUAAUAACAUAAAUAGCAGCUAAAUAAACAACACAACAUAAAACAACAACACUAAUAACACUAAUAAUACAAAUAAUCACAAUAUUACUUAUUAGCUUCAUUCAACUUCUUAAUUCUUUAACGAAUUCUCUUAAAAUUCUCCUUUUCUUGAACAUUCUUUUACUGAAAACUUAAGAAAUGGUAAUUAAAAUAUUCAAUAAGCCCCAAAUAAUAACAAAUCCAUUCAAAAUUUAAUUGAAAAUAACCAAGAUUAACUUAAUAAUAAAUAGCCACUUCAUUUUAAUCUCAAUAUUUAGAAUCAAUAAAAUGAUGGAUUAACUUCAAUUUAAAAUCAUCAAUCCUACAUUCAAGAACAAAACCAAUUUUAACCUUAAUUUAUUCAGAAAUAGUAUUAAAAUGUUGAAAAAAAAUUGAUGCAGAUUAAUCAAUCAAAGCAAACUUCAUUUCAUUAAUCAUAAAUGUACUAAAAAAAUUAAAAUUAAGAAAUAUCAGCAUAAAAAAAUGUGGAAAAUAAGUCUUAAAUAUCACUUUAGUCAAAUUUUGUUGAAAAACCAUACCAACCAAUCGAAGAUAGAUUGCUACAGAAAUCUAAAGAGAGAGAAAUUUAAAAAUAGGAAAUGCAGAAACAAUAUUUUAUUCAAGUAAAUGAAGCAAUGAAAAAACAUAAAAUAUCUUCUAAAUCAAAUAUUUUAGCCCAAAAAAAUGAGCAAAACCUAUCAGUCUACGAUAGAAAUCAAAGAUUUCUAAGAGAAAAAGAAAAAAAAUAAUUACAGUUAAAAGAAGAAAUCAUUUAAUAAGACAUUCUAUAUCCUUACUCUCCAAAUAUAAGACCUCAAUCUCAAAAUCUAGUCAGAAAUGUGACAGAUUUGAUUUCAUGGAAGGAAAAUGUAAACUAGAAAACAGUUGAAAUGAGAAACAAAUAAAUUGUAGACGAAAUAAAAGAAAUAGAGAGCUUAUAAAAUGAAAAGUUGAUUUGCAAAGGGUCAGAAAAAAUAUUAUAAAAUACAAGCAGAGUAACAAAUAAAUAAAAAAUAGAAGACAAGUUAAUUAACUCUGGUCUGAAAUAUUAGCACCACAAAGAAGAACUUGAUCGCAUCUAUAAUCAAAAUCCUACUAAAAAUAUCCCAAUGAUUAACAAAAAUACUUUUAAACUUUUACUCAACUCUAAGAAAAAAACUAACACAAAUAAUUAAAAGUAGAAUGUUUAACUCUAAAACAGCAAUUUAAACACCUAAUCACCUUAAAACGAUGUGCAUAAGCGUCACUCACACUACAUUCCUGCAACGAAUACAAACGAAAGAAGUGACUCAACAAACAGCAAAUACUCUAAAGACCACUCUUCAACCAAAUCUUAUUAUACAACUUCUAAUGCAAACUCAAACUAAAUACAAAAUUAAAAAGAACCUCUUAUUUUGAAUGCAUACUCAGUUUAGUCCUAAAAUCUUGCAAAAUCCUACUUAAACAAUUUCAGCAGUUAAUAAACUUUGAGUACUUAGCAGUCUUAAAAUUAAAGCCAUGUUUAAAGCACUCAAACAGGUAGAUAAUAUUAGAGUAAGAUAUAAAAGGGUCACUAAGAAGAGGAUUAGGAUAUUUUGAGUGAACACAGCACUGAAAAAGCCAAAGUACUCCAGAAUUAAAAAUACUCAGCUGCAGAUCUAGUAAGCAUAAGCUAAUAAAAAAAUUCAACUGAUAAUAAAUUAAAAAUAAAGCAUCUCCUUUAAUAAUAGCAAAAAAAUGGUUAACAAAAUAAAGAUUUUGAAAGUUUGAUAAAAGAAACGUUUGCUAAGGCUAAUGGUGUGAAUUAAGAAAAUCUCAACAUAAAUUACUUUAACUCCCCAAAAAAUAUUAAUGGAGGUUAAAAUGAAUAAAAUGGCACACAUCGUUACUAUACAAACGAGAGUUUGAAGAAAAGUUUUGAAAUGAGAUAAAAUUACAUUUAGUAAUAAAUUUAAUAAAAAUCAAGAGAAAAUUCAAAAAAUAGCCUUCAUAAUUAUCAUGGUAUGUCAAACAGUAGUAGUAGCUCUAAUAUUAGAUCAAAUGGUAAAAUUUAAGCAAAACCUAAAAAUAAUCAGUUAAACGUGCAAGAAAGAAACAAAUAAUGGUAGGAGCAAAAGCUAAUCAAAUAAAAUUAGAUUAUGUAGUAAAUAAGAAAUGAAGAAGCAGCAUAAUGCACAUUCAAACCUUAAUUAAGAAUAAAUGGACAAAAAUCAAAUAGUGCUUCUAGAUCUAUCACACCAACAAAAUAACCUAGCACACCAAAAGACCUCUAUCUCAAAACAAAGCAAUCAUAUGCAAAGCAGUUUUAAAUGAAAGCUACUAAAAACUGA